CAGGCGUCAGCUGGACAAAAGUUGCUCUUUCCUCCGGACUCCAAUACCAAUCCAGCCGGCGGAAUCCCAGAGUUCAAAAUCUCCGCAGCCGGCCAAGAAUGGCGACGAUUCCACUCAUAUUAAUAAUCAGCUCCCAUAGCUCUCACCUUUCUAUUUCUCUACCACUGUCAGUAGAGAAGAAAACCCCUUUCAAAGCUUCCCCCAUUUCCAGCGAUUUCCUCCGAUUGAAACCCUCAAAUGGAGUCCGUCGGGCUAGAAGUGGUUCUGAUCACCGGGUGCUCCCAGGGAGGCAUUGGCCACGCCCUGGCUAAAGAGUUCGCUGCCAAAAAUUGCCUGGUCGUUGCCACGAGCAGGUCAUUGAGCUCGAUGCAGGACUUGGAACAGGACGAGAGGUUCUAUCUCCAAGAGCUCGAUGUGUCCUCCGACGAGAGCGUGCAAAGGGUGGUGACAAACGUCAUCGAGAAGUAUGGGAGAGUUGAUGUUCUGGUCAAUAACGCUGGGGUUCAGUGCGUCGGCCCUCUUGCUGAGGUUCCUCUGUCUGGCAUCCAGAAUACUUUCAAUACCAAUGUUUACGGUCCCAUGAGGAUGAUUCAAGCUCUUGUUCCACACAUGGCAUCUCGAAGAAAGGGGAAGAUCGUUAACAUAGGAAGUGUCAUAGUGCUGGCGCCUUUACCUUGGGCCGGGACGUAUUCUGGAACUAAAUCCGCUAUGCAUGCUCUAACUGAUACUUUGAGGUUAGUAUCUGUCCCGUGCAACCCUAGAUCAACAGAAAGUGCCAACACAUUGAUCAGGGAGAAACGUUUUGAAAUUUCCAUGUCCUGCCAUUUCCUUUAUUAAACUCAAGCAGACAAGAAGAGUGCGAAUUUUAUGACCUUGCUCGGAUGUCAUUUGCUGUUGUCUAAUGUAAUGACUACUUACAAAUGUGAAACGAAAAAAUGCAGGUUAGAACUGAAACCACUGGGAAUCGAUGUUAUAAAUGUGGUUCCAGGAGCUGUUCAAUCGAAUAUAAUGCCCUCAGCCGAGGCUAUAUAUAGUUCCGAGUGGAAAUUGUACAAGCCAUUUGAGCCGGCAAUCACACGAUUUGUCUCCCAGGGCAGAGCAGGCACCCCUACCGAGAAAUUCGCCAAGCAUACUGUUGCUGCCAUUCUCAGAAAACAUCCACCCGCAUGGUUCUCUUCAGGCAAGUUCUCCACCAUCAUGGCAAUCGUGUACUAUUUGCCACUUCGUGUCAAAGAUUUGCUCGUGCAGUCUUUCAUGAAACCCUGACUGCUGGAGCUUCUUCCGUCGCAUUGUUCUCGCCCCUGGGUUAUUGGCCUCUCUAUGCAGCAACUUCUUAAGCAGAUUGUUCUUCAGUUUUAGCAUGAUCUAUAUUGCCUUCUUUUCUCCUGGAUGACUUUUUUUUACAUUGUGUCGGUUGUACUCUAUACAAAACCCUUUUGUGGUAUCAAUAGAUUGUUAGCAGUGGAGCUUGAAGGACUGAAUAAACUAGUGAUGCAGCUGAGGGAGUGGCUAAGCUUCAAUACAACUUGCUUGAAGUUAUAGACUUAUAGGUGUCUUUUCUUCGGGCGUUCUGUAAUUUGCACUGGUACAACUGCUGUUAUUAAUGAACCUAUUUAUCAUUAGACUA